AUGAUUAAAUUUAUGUUUCCAUUAGUUGUUCUUGUUUCGAUUACACUUCAAUAAUAAUUAACACAUUAAACGUUGAGACCUUAGAAGUUAAAUUAGGAAUUUCUAUCUGAAAGAAUGGACUGCAAAUCUAAUCUAUCAAUAAUUAGUGAUAUUUGUAAUAAUUGCAAAGCAAAUCAUGCAUACCUAUUAGAUGAGGAGAAUUGGCUAAUUAUUGGAGUAUAUCAUGAAUUUGGUAAAGAAUAUAAAGAAUUGAUUGAAUCGAUCUAAAAGUAUUACUAGAAGGGUGUCAUUUAUGCAACCUUUAAUUCUGAAUUUAUUUGUUUAUCUAUCUCAGAUGCAAAUGUAAGUUUAGAAGAAUUUUUACAUAAAAUGUACUACUAUCAAUUACCAAAGUCAUUUUAUCCAUUAGACAAACGUCUGUAAAUUGUGUUAAAUGUGAAAUAGAUGUGA